AUGUCAAAGAAUAAAAAAGCAGAUGCUGAUAAAGAAGAAAAUAAAAAUAAGUUUACUGACGCUGAAGAAAAAGCCUUAAAUUCAUUAGACAAAGGUAUAUGGGAAGAUUUACUUAUUUAAAAAAAAGUUGAAAUUGCUUCUAAAGUUUAAGAAAUAUAUGAUUUAAUUGAAUAACUUAGAGUCGAUAAAAUAGAUAAUGAUAGAGAAAAAUAAUUAUAAGAAAGGAUAGAAUAUUUAUUACGUGAAGAGAGAGAAAAAGAACUAGCACAUCAUGAUGAACUAUAAAAACAAGAAAAAGACCAAUCUUAAAAAUUGAUACAGAUGGAUAAUAUAUCUUAAGCUAAAAUUGAUGACAACAGAAAAAGUGCUUAAAAAGCAGCAGAAAAAGAUGCAAGAGAUAGAGAAUUUAAAAAAAUAUAAGAAAACAAAUUGCUUAAAUAAUAAUUAAUUAUAAAAUAAAAAGAAGUUCUAGAAAUGAAAAAGGAAAGAGAUAAUUUAUUAAAAUUCAAUAAGAAUUCGAAACUUAAUUUAUAAGUUAAUAAAGAAGGCAUUUUAGAAUAUUAAAUAGUUAAUCAAAAAUAAGAAAAUUAAAUUAAAAAAAUAAAAGAUGAAGUAGAAAAACUAAAAUAAUAAAUUUCAGAUGAUGUUACUAAAUAAACAAAGGAAUUAGAAUUUAUGCGAUUAUAAGAUAAAUAAAGAAGAGAAGAGCUGUAAUAUAAAAUUGACUAAAUUAAAGCUGAAUUAAAAAUCAAAAAUAUUGAUCUUAAAAAUGUUAAAAAUUUAGCUAAUUAUAUUAUAGACCAAAGAUCACAAAUAGAAUCUUUUUUUUUAGAUUCAUUAAAUAAUAUAAAGUAAUAGAUAAGAGAUAAAUAUAAACUUAAGAAAAACACAAAUGUAAGUAUUAAUAGUAGUUUAAAAUUACCUGAAAUUACCAAUAAAUCUUAACCAACAGACUAAUAAAACUUUAAAAUUAAUUUUGAAAAUAAAAUAAAUUUUUCUGAUUUAGAAUUAGAAGAAAAGGAAAAAAUACUAAGAGUUCUAUUUAAAAAAUUGAACUUCGGAUCAUAACCUAUUUAAUGGGAUUAAGAUAUUAUUUAAUAAUAAAUAAGCAUCAAUAACUAAAUUAACUGA